AUGGAUCAAACAGAUGACUUAAAAGCAUUUGAACGUCGUAUGAUUGAGAUAGUUUCUUCUCUUCAACCACCUAUUUGGCGUUGGCGUCUUAUAUUAACUAUUCUCAUUUUAGCUACUCUUAUAACAUUUUAUUGUUUAAUAAGUGAUAUAUCAUUUUUAUCCUUCUCUUCAUUAUUAACAUUAACAACAACAUCAGCAUCAUCAUUAACUACAAAACCAAAUGAUAUAAAUAAUCCGAAAUCAUAUAGAUUAAUAUUUUUAUCAUAUUUAUUUCGAAAAGAACUUUAUUUUUCUAUAUCAUCCGGUUUAUUAAUUUUUGCAUUUUUAUAUGUUAUACAUCGUAAAAUAUUUGCAUCGUCAAUAAUAAUUGCUAGAUUUCGUUCUGUACUUGCUGAUUAUAAUAUGUCAUGUGAUUCGAAUGGUCGCUUAAUAAUAAAAUCGCAUCCAACAGCAUAUUUCAAUGAACAAUCUUAA